CUCACACACACACACACACACACACACGGAAUUUUUGAAUUAUAAAGCGUGUGUGAAGCUGAGGAGAAGCGGAUGUGAAUUCUGAUGAACUGCUCGGGUCAUGAUGGACGGCGAUCUGAGCCCACAGGACCGGAAAGAUUUGGACAAAUUCAUCAAAUUUUUUGUUUUGAAGACAGUGCAGGUGAUCGUUCAGGCUCGUCUGGGUGAGAAGAUCUGCACUCGCUCAUCCUCCUCCCCCACAGGCUCAGACUGGUUCACCUUGGCGAUUAAAGACAUCCCAGAGGUGACCCAUGAAGCUAAAAAGGCUCUUGCGGGGCAGCUGCCCAGUGUGGGACGCUCCAUGUGUGUGGAGAUUUCUCUGAAGACAUCCGAGGGAGACUCUAUGGAGCUGGAGACGUGGUGUUUGGAGAUGAAUGAGAAGUGUGAAAAGGACAUUAAAGUGUCCUACACAGUUUAUACACGUCUGUCCCUCCUGCUCAAAUCUCUCCUGGCCAUCACCAGGGUCACACCUGCCUACAAACUGUCACGCAAACAGGGCCACGAUUACGUCAUCCUGUACAGGAUAUAUUUUGGAGAUGUUCAGUUAACGGGACUUGGUGAAGGUUUCCAAACUGUACGUGUCGGAGUAGUAGGAACUCCUACAGGAACGCUCACACUCUCCUGUGCGUACCGCACCAACCUGGCCAUCAUGUCCUCCAGGCAGUUUGAGAGGACGGGCCCCAUCAUGGGCAUCAUCAUAGACCACUUUGUGGAGCGUCCACUCGGAAACACCGCCCUCAUGCACCCCUGCAACUACAGAGCUCCAGGUGAGGAAGAGGGCGGGGCUUAUGCAGGUGUGGAGGACUCACAGGAAGUGUGCACCACCUCCUUUUCUACUUCCCCACCUUCUCAGCUUUGCACUUCUCGUCUGUCGUAUCAGACUCCACUCUUGGGCCCAGUAGAUUUGUGCCACCCUGCUGUCUGCACUGCUGCUCACCCACACCAGAUCGCUGUUCCAGGGAAGGAGGGUGGAGUCCCGCAGGUCCUGGUUCAGCCCAAUCAUGGCACUCGGGCAGAUCAUGGGCGUGUCCCCUCCUGCCCUUCGGCAGACAUGCCGCAAACCGUACCUUCAGACUGCAGCAGCACCAAUACUGAUGCCUUUUCAAGAAGUAGUGAAGGGAAGAGCGUGUCUCCUUCAGAUGCCCCUGAAACGACCUUCACCAGGAAAGUGGGAGCCUUCGUCAACAAACCCACCACACAGGUGACCACGGCCAGUCUGGACCUGCCAUUUGCUGCGUUCGCUCCCAGAGGCUUCGACCUGGAGGAGAAUGACCCCAUGGUACAGCCUCCAGCAUCACCCACCUCUUCCUCUCCAUUACAAGACAGUCUGCACUCACAAAGCUCCAGCCAGAGUGGAGGCCAAGCACAAGACGACUUCGUCAUGGUGGAUUUAAAACCAGCGUUCUCCAAAGACGACCUGCUGCCGAUGGACCUGGGAACGUUUUAUCGAGAGUUUCAGAAUCCUCCCCAGCUCACGAGCCUGUCCAUCGAGGUCAGCGCUCAGUCCAUGGCUGAAGACCUGGACUCUCUCCCGGAGAAACUGGCCAUCUACGAGAAGAACAUUGACGAGUUUGAUGCUUUUGUGGACACACUACAGUAAAUCACAACACACCCUGAUCACUCGCUCUUUUUCUUCUUCCCUCCUCACAACAUGGCUGAUGGAUUCCUGCUCGUCUGAUGUUCAUCUCCUCGUACGCUAGAAUAUUUAAAGCUCUUUUCUUCACAUCCACCUCCUGAUAAUCCUCAGCAUGGUUCCUGAUUCCAUCCUGGAGAUUAUAAGAGCUUUAAGGUCAAUCGUUCAUUUAUUUGUUCUAUUGUUGAUAUAUUUUAUUAUAAAUGUAUCAUUUAUAAUCUGAUCUCCCUUCAAGUGGAGAACUUGGAGAAGAUCAGACCCUGAACAUUACGGAUCGUUUUGAUUGUACACCAGAAUUGUGUGUGAACGUUGGGGGAUGGUGUGGAGGAACCUCGGCAGGCCUGAAUCAUUCAUCACAAUGUUUUUGUGUUAUCUUCAUUAUAAAGCGCUGUCAAGAAUCCCACGUGUCUGAUUACAGUCUAAUCUAUUAAUUUAUCUUUCAUGAGAUUUUACACCAUGUUUAAGAUCAAUGCAUUAAAAACCUUCCAGUUCUAUUAA